GACAGUCAGUGGAAAUGUGUGUGCUUACAGCAUACCAAAUAUCAGAAAGAGGAAGACAGGGGAGUCCCACUUCCAUUGCUGGAGAGGCCUUCAGAUUAAAUAAAACAGGGCAAAUCAGUCAGGGGAGUGGCCAAAUCAUAUGGCAUUUGCCAUGUGACCCUUUACCAUUUUCACAAGAAGAGGCAGAGGCUGGAGUGCAGGGUACUGCACCCCCAAGAGGGUUUUCUCUGCAGAACAGGAAACCCUUCUGAGAAACUGCCUGAUGCAGGCAGCUGAUCUGUACUAUGGGUUGAGCCCAAAGGAGGUAGGCUACUUAUUAAAUGGUAGGCUGUAUGUAUAUUUAUUAUGUAUUCAACUAAUUCAAAAGAAUUUAUUCAUUUUAGGUAUGGAAGUUUGCCUAUGAUUUAGCAAAGACCUAUUUGGUAGAAAUCAAGAGUUCAGAGGCAAAGUCAUCAGAGGUUUUGAAAGACCUGUAUUGAAAUCAAUAAAGAACUGAAUCGGGGUUGACUGAAAUCACACAAGCAUACAGUUCAGUAUUUGUGCAUCUUGUCAUAGAGGGUUGUAAGCUCACGCACCAAUUACAGCAGAUCCUGAACGCACACCUCUUGAUCUUCUGAUUAUCUAUUUUGAUGUCACGGCAUGGAAAGCCUUGUUCUGUGUGUCACAUUCAAGUUAAGAGCACAAACACUGGAUUUCUGUCUAGACUUGUCAUCCCAAGGCUUGCUUGAUGGGUCUAAACCUUUGUAAUGUCAGCUUCAAAACUGUUUAUCUUCAUCAAACACGUCUCUAAGGCACAGUGCUCUGUUUCAAGGUGCACGGUCAUCAUAUGCUGUAUCACACAAAACCAAGAAUAUCAUUGCACAUGAACAAAGGUGCUAUUAUAAUGAUAUUACAAUGAACAUAAAACACAUAUGUAAAUAAAUAUGAGUUUCCACCACACCUAUAACUGCAACUAACCUGAAACCUGGGCAGAGAAAGGCAUGGCUGGUAGCUGACUGGUUCACAGCUUCUUUGAAAAGGCACCCUACCCUUUGCAAAGCCCUCAGGCUACCAGCCUCUCAUUGGCUACAAGCUUCAAUACAACAAUUAUCAAUGUAGAGAAGUAUUGACACAGUGAACAAACUUUUGACAACCUGUCUGCUGUCCUGACCAAACACAAAUUUGCUACACAAGACAUCUGGAAUAUGGACGAGACAGUAAUCACCACUGUCCAAAAUCCUCAAAAAAUUGUGGGGCAGUGACGUCUGCAGAACAGGGUCCUCUCAUCACACUUGUAUGUGCUGUAAAUGCCAAAGGGGAAUUCCAUCCCACCAUUUCUCAUAUUCCACCGCAAAAAGUUCCAGCCUUUCCUUACCAACAAUGGCCAUCCUAGCUGUAUUGGUACAGCAAAUGGGUCUGGGUAGAUGCAAGAGCAAGACUUUUUGGUCUUCCUCAAGCACUUCCAGACUCGUACCAAGUCCUCACUGGAGUCAAAAGUGCUGCUAAAUCUGGACAGUCAUUCCUCCCACCUUUCUGUAGAGGGGAUUGAUUUUUGCAGGAGCCAAGGGAUCAUCCUCCUCUCAUUCCCCCCCACACUGUUCUCAAAAGCUGCGACCCUUAGAUCGCAGUGUAUAUGGGCCACUGAAGAGGCUCAUCAACAACUGCUGUGACAGCUGGAUGAAAGCUGAUCCAGGAGUCACAAUGACCAUUUCUGAUCUGCCAAGCAUUGUGAGGAGUGACCUUUCCCUGGAUGCAUCACCAUCAAAUAUUCAGGCAGGGUUCGCAUUGGAAUUUGGCCUUUUAAUAGAGAUAUUUUCAGUGACAGAGACUUCGUAUCAUCCCUACUCACAGACUAGUAUAAAGAGCAAGAUCCAAGUCCAUGUCAGGAGGAGGUCAAGGUGGUUGGAUGGGUCAAACACAGGACGUUCACCCAGGAGACCGCUGUUCGUAAUUUAAGUUUUGUAAUUUAACUUAUGUAACUAACGUACUUAUUUGAACCCAAACCAUGAUCUUUUUCUAACAUAACCAAGUAGCUUUGGUGCCUAUAUAAACCUAACCAAACUGUGACCCUUUCACAACGUUAACCACGUUUUAUUUUCAAAGUCCAACCAAAUGUUGCAGAUUAUUAUUAUUAUUGCUAACUUGACCGCGGAGCCCUAACCAUGCAAAACUGAGGCAAGAAAGGUACGUAGAGCGUCUUAGUUUGAAGUGUAGGGCCACUGACCAAGCUGCCAUAUUUCACGAGUCGGAAGUGAGAACAUGUCGGACCUUUUCACCUGGGUCCAUCCGUCCACAUCCAAAAGCUGGACCAAGAUAGCAGACCUCAAAAGGGAGGAAAAUAAGUGAAACCGCUGUCCUUACAGAUACUCCCAUGAAAAAAUAACUGGAGACUGAGAAAAGCAGGUCCAAAGCUAAGAGAAAAAAAAUUUUCAGUGACAAAAAAACAAAACAAAACCACAAACCCAGCAAAAAGCAGAUAAUUCAGGACUCCUCUGAUGAAGAUGAAUUCUACAUUGUGUGCCUGGAGAGCUACUCCAAGUCAAGGGAGGUCUCACUCCAGUGCUGGUCCUGUAAAGCCUGGGCACACAAGGACUGCACAGAUGUAAGUGACUUUUUAUAUUUAGAUUUUCUGUUAAACCAUUCCUGUGUGUUUUUCUACAUUUUAACUGUGUCUGAAAGCAGAUGUGCUGCACUUAAAACAGGUUUAUUCAUUUCAGCCUUCUGUGUGAAAUCUGUUCGAGUUUUUUGUCAACAACAACACUAAAGCUACAAGAACCCCAAAUAAUAAUUGUAUUCAUUGUGGCAACUAGUUCUGUAGGUUACAUGUCAUGUGAAAAGGUUAAAAAGUUAACAUUGAAUUGAUGUUGGGAUUGUUGUGGGCUUGAAGAUAGACUGUAAAGGGAGCGUUGUAGCCCACUGAGCCAUAGAUACAGUAUGUUCUUGCAUGUUUUGUUUUGUUGUUUGACUGUCAGAGCAUGAUAUCAUUAAACUCAGUGAAAAGUCUCCAGUAACCACAGAGCGCCCUUACAAGCCUUCAGUGCUUUGCUCCAGAUUAAAUUCACCAUGUGCCAAAAGAACAUCACUAAUCGGGUCAAACCUGAAAGGCAGAACCUCACCGGCAGAGCAGAAUGAGGCGGAGCAACACCGGAAUAACUUGACAGUCAUAUUCUUCAAAUGAAACAAACAACAUUAAUCUGAGUGACAGCAGACCUGCAGUCGAGACAAGUCUCUCUGUCUGUCUUGAAAUAAAAAUUAAGCUUGCCUAAUCAGGCCUUUUUCAACAACACGUCUCUGCCAAACACUGAGUGUAGAUAUAUUUGCAGCCAGCUGUCUGCUGACUGAAAAUCAGUUUCUGUGCUCCAUCAGUCUGCAUGUGUUCACUGAUCCAGUUGCCAUACCACGUGGACACAACUUCUGUCAAACCUGCAUCACUGAACACUGGAAUAUUAUAUAUAUAUAUAUACCUUCAUCUCUGAGAUGGCUGCUCAGUUCAGACAGUCCGCUCAACAGAAAUCCAGCAGCAGCAGCUCAGAGCAACACGUUGCCAAACCAGGAGAAGUUCCCUGUGACUUCUUCUACACUGGAACCAAACUGAAGGCCCUGAAGUCCUGCCUGGUGUGUCUGGUUGUCUUCUUGCUCUGGAUGAUUUUAUACCACAAUAUACAUAAUGUUUUUCCUCUGAAAGAAGAAUAUGAAGAUAAGAAGGCCGAACUGGGGAAGACAGAGGCUGAAACUCAGCAGCUGAUCCAGAAGAGACGACUGAAGAUUCAGGAGAUCAAACGCUCAGUGGAGCUCAGUAAGGAAGAUGCAGACAGAGAGAUAGCAGGUGGUGUUCAGGUCUUCACCGCUCUGAAGGAGUCUGUUGAGAGAAGCCAGGCCGAGCUCAUCAACACGAUCAGAGAGAAGCAGAGAAAGACAGAGAAACAGGCUGAAGGCUUCAUCCAAGAGCUGGAACAGGAAAUCUCUGAGCUGAAGAAGAGAAGCUCUGAGCUGGAGCAGCUCUCACGCUCUGAAGACCACCUCCACCUCCUCCAAAGCCUCCCGUCCCUGAACGCUGCUCCACCCACCAAGGACCGGACAGAAGUCAGCGUCCGUCCACCUUCAUAUGAGGGGACUGUGGUGAGAGCUGUGAAUCAGCUGGAGGAGACGCUCAGUAAACAGAUGAAGAAGCUGUUUGAGGCUGAGCUGAAGAGGGUCCAGCAGUACGCAGUGGAUGUGACACUCGAUCCUGAUACAGCACAUCCCUAUCUGAUCCUGUCUGAUGAUGGAAAACAAGUUAAACACGGUGAUGUAGAGAAGCAUCUCCCAGACAACCCAGAGAGAUUUGAUACUUGUGCUAUUGUCUUAGCAAAGCAGAGUUUCUCUUCAGGAAGAUUUUAUUACGAGGUUCAGGUUAAAGGGAAGACUGAAUGGGAUUUAGGAGUGGUCAGAGAGUCGGUCAACAGGAAGGGACAAAUCAUAGCGAGUCCUCAGGAUGGUUACUGGACAAUAUAUUUGAGGAAUGGAAAUGAAUAUGAAGCUUUUGCUGGCCCUGCACUCCAACUCUCUCUGAAGUCUCAGCCUGAGACAGUGGGGGUGUUUGUGGAUUAUGAGGAGGGUCUGGUCUCCUUUUAUGACGUUGAUGCUGCAGCUCUGAUCUACUCCUUUACUGGCUGCUCCUUCACUGAGAAACUCUACCCAUUCUUCUGUCCCAGUCUUAACUAUAGUGGUGAAAACUCUGCCCCUCUGAUCAUCUACUGUAUGUAAAUGCAUGUAAAUAUUUUUCUUUUAUGUGCUACAUUGCUACUUACUACUACAACACACCAAUUAUACCGCUCUGAUUGAUAUUAUCUAAUGUGGUCUAAUUUAUUCUAAUAACUGCAUCAGAAAACAAUAGACUCAGACAUAAGAAGCAUUUGCACGUUCCUUAAAUGUCUGGGUGCCAAAUUCAAAACUUUUUAUUGUCUGAUCAUUGAUCAAAAAGUUUUACAUACUGGCACAAAUUACUGACUACUGGCUACUGACUACUUAGCUCUGUGACAUGAAUGUAACCACAAUACACGAGGCACAAACUGGGACUAACAUUAAACCAUCAACUAAACAGCAAUAAACAAACAGUAUAAUGUUGACUAAUGAUCACACAUGUCAAAAUGUGAACAUUUAAGCAGUACUAAAACUAAAUAAUGGCAGAAAAAUGUCAGUUAUGCAGGCAAUGAGUGAUACAAACUGGUUGCAACACUAGUUUGGGACUCGAGUAGGUUUUUGUAUUUCAAACAAACUAAAGAACUUCCAUUACAAGACAAGGGCAAUAAUAAGAGACUGGAAUUGCAAACAACACAUGUUGUACCUGACAGCAUGAAACAAUUCCAACAGAAAAAACAAUAUUUCUCAUAAGGACAUGUAGUAUUUAACCUUUUCUGCAUCUUGCCAUUAUAUAGUUGGGUGUUGAUUGUCAGUUUUUGACAUCUACAUGUCAUAGAAAACUGUACUAUUUCUUUUCAAUCCUUAAUUUCACUGUUGCCUAAAGUGCUUUAAAAACUGUCUGACCACAUGUAUCAGUCUACAAAUAGACAAACCACUGACUGCUCCAUCACUGCUUUCUGUUUAAUCACACAUACAUAUGGACAUCAUCCACAAAUAAAGAUGCUCAUGUAUUGUA